AUGCGCUUCACCCCGGUCGUCGCCCUCCUCCCAGCGCUCGCUGUGGCUCAGGAGCAGGUUCCCCUUGCGGACCGUGUCCAGGGCUGGUUCAACAAGGCCAAGUCCUACUUGCCUACUGCCACCCCGGUCGCCCCCGCCGCUGCCGUUGUUGAGAAGGUCGUCGAGAAGACCAAGAUCCAGGAGAAGACCGUCUCCGAGUUCAACUUGACCAACUGGCAGUCCUACCUGGAGCCCGCUUCGGAGCCCCAGGACUGGUUGGUCUACAUCACCGGAGGAAACAAGACUUGCUUCGGUCGCUGUGACAAGGCAGACAAAGCGUUCAAUGAAUCCGUGCUUUUGUUCUCCGCCGAUCCCACCUCCCCUAACCUCGGUAAGCUGGAUUGCGAAGAGAACAAGGUUCUUUGCUCUGCUUGGGGUGCCGGUGCUCCUUCGGUCUGGUUCCUCCAGGUGCCCCAGGCCCAGCUUGGUGAGGAGCGCCCCAACACUCCCCUCCACACCGUCUACCUGAACUCGACCACCGUGACCCCGGAGACCAUCUACAAGGUCCACUCUGAGAAGGUCUGGGAGAAGGCCCCUGCCUACGACGGUCCUCUUCACCCCACGGACGGCUGGCUCGCUCAGAACAACCUUCUGCUCCCUCUUGGAUAUGUCAUCUACGGCUUCAGUGCCAUCCCCAGCUGGCUUUUCAUGAUCGGCAUCAGCUUCUUCAGCCGUACCUUCAUGAGCCGUCGCCUUGGAAACGUCGGCGGCGCGCCCGCUCCUCGUCCGAACUAG